CCAAAUGGCACCCCAUCGCCUCAUCGUAUCCCUCUUCUCCCCGCUUCCUCCCGCCGCUGCUGCUCACUCCCGAAGCGGAAGCCCCGAGAAGUCCCCAUGGCGUCCACCACCCUCUCCUCCGCCUUCUCCCUCCUCUCCCGCCCCUCCUCCUCCCCGUCUCCCUCCGCCUCACUUCCGAGGCCCACCCUCGCCGUGCCGCACCGCCGCCGCGCGGUCGCCGUCGCGUCCACGGCCACCGAGUCCCCCAAGGUCGUGGAGCUCGGUGACGCCAUCGCCGGGCUGACGCUCGAGGAGGCCCGAAGCCUCGUCGACCACCUCCAGGAGCGCCUCGGCGUCACCGCGGCGGCCUUCGCGCCCGCCGCCGUCGUCGCGGCGCCGGGCGCGGCCGGCGCGGGGGCAGGCGCUGAGGAGGCGGCCCCCGCUGAGAAGACGGAGUUCGACGUCGUCAUCGACGAGGUGCCCAGCAGCGCGCGUAUCGCCACCAUCAAGGUGGUGCGCGCGCUCACCAGCCUUGCGCUCAAGGAGGCCAAGGACCUCAUCGAGGGCCUCCCCAAGAAGCUCAAGGAGGCCGUGAGCAAGGACGAGGCCGAGGAUGCCAAGAAGCAGCUCGAGGAGGUCGGCGCCAAGGUGUCCAUCGUGUGACACUAGAGUAAUGUGAGUCAAACCUUUUCGGCCUUUGACAUGGCGUGUAUGUUCCAGCAGUUGAAGAACAGUGCAGCAUCAAGAUGCAGAUAUCUACUUAGGAGCUGAACCCAAGAGUUGGUUGUGAAAAUUACGUGUUGUAUUUUUUUAGAGUAUUUCAAGAAUUGCAUUUUUCGAAGCCGUUGAUGGUUACAAGUUACGUUACAUCAUUGUAUUCUCUUGAAUCUCUGUUCUUCAAGUUGUAUUUACAUCAAAACUGUGGUUCACCGGAA